GGCGGCGGGGGGCGGCGGGCCCGGCCCGGCGCUGAAGACGCCCAAGGGCACCCGCGACCACCUGCCCGCGCACAUGGCGCUCCGCGACCGCCUCUUCGCCGCCGUCGUGGCCUGCUUCAAGCGGCACGGCGCGGCCGCCAUCGACACUCCCGCGCUGGAGCUGCGGGAAACGCUGAUGGGGAAGUAUGGAGACAACUCCAAGCUCAUCUACGAGCUGCAGGACCAGGGGGGAGAGCUGCUGGCCCUGCGCUACGACCUGACUGUGCCCUUCGCUCGCUAUUUGGCAAUGAACAAAAUCACCAACAUUAAGCGCUACCACAUCGCUAAGGUGUACAGGAGGGACAACCCAGCCACAACCAGGGGCCGCUACAGGGAAUUCUACCAGUGCGAUUUUGACAUUGCUGGCCAGUUUGACCCUAUGAUUCCUGAUGCUGAGUGCCUGAAAAUAGUGCACGAGAUCCUGAGUGAGUUGAAGCUUGGGGACUUUCUCAUUAAGGUCAAUGACCGACGUAUUUUGCAUGGUGUGUUUGCCAUUUGUGGCAUCCCAGAGAACAAGUUUUUAACCACAUGCUCUACCGUGGACAAGCUGGACAAGAUGUCAUGGGAGGAUGUGAAGAGCGAGAUGGUGGGAGAGAAGGGGCUCUCUCCUGAGGCUGCGGAUCGCAUUGGGAAAUAUGUUCAGCUCCAUGGUGGCCUGGACCUGAUUGAGCAGCUCCUCCAGGACCCAAAGCUAUCUCAGAAUAAACUAGCCAAGGAGGGGCUGGGGGACAUGAAGCUGCUCUUUGAGUACCUGACACUGUUUGGCAUCACAGGGAAGAUCUCCUUUGACCUGAGCCUGGCACGAGGUCUGGACUACUAUACAGGGGUGAUCUUUGAGGCUGUCCUGGUACAGCAGGAGAACGACCUUGUAGAGGAGUCAGUCAGCGUUGGGAGCGUGGCUGGAGGUGGUCGCUACGAUGGGCUGGUGGGGAUGUUUGAUCCCAAGGGACGCAAGGUGCCCUGUGUGGGAGUCAGCAUUGGGAUUGAGCGGAUCUUCUCCAUCAUGGAGCAGAAGGUGAAGGCCUCUGGGGAGAAGGUUCGUACGACUGAGACGCAAGUGCUGGUGGCUACACCUCAGAAACAUUUACUUGGUGCAAGACUGAAGCUCAUCUCUGAGCUGUGGGAUGCAGGCAUCAAGGCAGAGAUGCUCUACAAGAAGGACCCUAAACUGCUGAAACAGCUGCAGUACUGUGAGGACACAGGGAUUCCCCUUGCAGCCAUCAUAGGAGAGCAAGAGUUGACAGAUGGAGUUGUCAAACUGCGAGUUGUCACAACAAGAGAAGAGGUUAAUAUCCCAAGAGAGAAGCUUGCUGAUGAAAUCAGAAGAAGGCUGGAGCCCUGCAGCCUUUCUGACCAGAGCUGCUCAACUCUGUGAACUGCUGUGUAACUGAAAACCCCCAGAGCACUUAGCCAUCAGCUGCCAGCUGAACUGUGGUCCCCACUUGUUACCCUGAGGCUCAUCUGCCUAGGCUAAAGUGGUGUUGAAAUGGGGUUAUCUGCUCAGAAGUAGAAAGGAUGGAAAAGGCAUGGACAACGCGGUCGCCUUCUUAACCUUCUGGUUAACUGAUCUGAGGGGGCAGGACAAGUUUGUGCGCUCCUAAUUCCGCAGUAGCGGUUAACCGUACAGCAA